AUGAUUCAUCCAGUGCAGGUUGUUUUGUCAAGCAAAGAUGGUUCUUUGCUCAUUUGUGUUUUGAGAAAUAUGAUUCAUGUUUAUAAGUUCAGCGUAGAAGGCCACAAUUACCAACUUAUUGGCGAAUGGGUGGAUGAUUUUGAUUCAACCACUCUGAUUAAGGAAAAAGUCAUAAAAGAGCACCAAAGACAAUUAGCUAAGAAGUCAGAUAAGAAGCUGAAAUCUAACGAUGGCUCAGCAAUCGAACAAUCUUGCAAGAAACCAUCUGUCCCUGUGCCAGGUGAGGGAGCGCCGCCGGUUUACCAAUAUAUCAAAUGUUUAGCACUUUCGCAAGAUGAAUCGAUAUUAGUUGCAUGCACGAAUUCUGAUAAGGCGGUAGUUAUUUUGCGUAUAGAGUUGGAAAAGAGCAAUUGUCUUAGUUUACUCAAGCGUCAGCCACUUGCAAAACGUCCUAACGCUGUCGCUUUCACAAAUGACGAUGAAACACUUGUAAUUGCAGAUAAAUUUGGCGAUGUAUAUGCGAUUCCUGUACUUUCUGAGAAAGUUAUAAACUCCCCAGAACCUAUUUUAGGGCACGUUUCCAUUCUUACAGAUAUCGCAAUGGUAAAGGAUAAGGACGGAAAGCACUAUAUUUUAUCAGCCGACAGAGACGAGCACAUCAAAAUAACUCACUAUCCUCAAAGUUAUAUUGUUGACAAAUGGCUUUUUGGCCAUACACAGUUUGUUUCUACGCUUUGUGUUCCAAAAUGGAAUCCCGAGAUCUUAUUUAGUGCAGGAGGCGAUGAAGUUAUUAAGGCAUGGAAUUGGGCUACAGGUCAACUUUUGUCUGCUUUUAAAGUUACUGACCUAAUGAACCCAUACCUUACUGACUUCCAUUUCCCACCAAAGAGGUUUUUAGUGGGGGACGGGUCUGACAGACGAGAGAUUUCAAUAGGAAAGGUGCUUGCGUUUGAUAACAUCCCAUAUUUGAUUACAUAUGCUGAGGCAACAAAAGCCAUUUUUGUACUUAAAUUUGACAGUAACACUAGGGAAUUAUCACACUUUAAAACGCUCGAACUCCCAUCUAAUGUUGUAUCUCUGACUAUUGCAUCUAAUACAAACCAGCUUGCUGUAUCGCUGGAUAGACGUGGUGAACAAGGCAACCUCAUCAUAUUUUAUAAUUACGUUGAUGGUAAGUUUAAUGAAGAUAAUAAUAAGGUUUAUGCGAUAGACGAAGCUCUACAAAAUACAUUGUCAGAUAAUGCAAUUGCUCAGGUUGAUCUUCAAGAUAUACAGCCUCUGUAUCCUAUAGGCCAACUAAGGAAACGUGGCGAGCACUAUUCAUAG